AAUAUGUCACUUGUCAUCACUUUGAAAUCAUAUUGAUCAAUAUCACCACCUACUUUCUUUUCAGAAGAGCUGUAUACCUACAAGUAAAUCCAUGAAAAAGAGGAUGGCCGAAAUAGCUAGCACGUCCCAAGCUGAUGAUCAGCAGUACAAAAUCAGAAUAUUAUAUUCUGAUAUGGUGCUAAAUCUGAGUGAGAUGAUCAACCCAAAUAGGGAUACUUGGCAGAGACUUUUGACAGCGCUGAACCCAUUGUUACCCCAUGGACUCUAUGAUGACAAUAUUAAAUAUUUUGGACAAAUAUUUGAGAAGCUGAGGGCAAAAGGAAAGAUUGAUCCUAUGAAAGGUUCCUUUGAGAAACUCUAUGACGCACUCCUCAAAGUUGAUGUUGAAGCAGCCGCGGUUGUUAAGGAGACUUCAGUUAAGAUAAAAGAACUUCUGUCUGAAGGUUAG